AUUCUUUCUAUAUUUACACGAAGAGGGUCCACUUCUGCUGCAUCCACGUGUGAUCAAAAAGGGUAGGACCUCUUGAGCUCUGUUCAUUUGUGCUGGAGCUGAAUUGAGCCAUACUUCUCGUCCGUAACACCAGACCUUGCAUCUUUGCUAUUUUUUUUUAAAAAAAGAUAAAAAAUAAAAAAAAAUAAAAAAAAACAAAAAAAACAUGCUUUAAGCACUUCGUGAAUAUGCGACUUGUCUACCUAUGCCACCAACAUCUUCAUGUCCAGUUUCUUCCUUCCCCCUCCCUGAAUAGUUGAGACCCAUAUCAACAUAUCCCGAUCGUCUUUCAGAAUGCCCGCACAGCGUCCUCGCGCGGCUUUUGAACCGCUUUCCCCAGACCUAGACCUAGAGGCUUUAGUGGAAUCGACACCGAACUUCGAGUUUGUUACCAGGAUUCACUGCGAUGCUAUCGAUCAGAAUGACUUGGAUGAUUUUGAGAAACUUGUUGCACUUCAGGUUGUUCGAUUGGGCAGACCGUUGGUCAUUGAGGGUUUUGAGAAAAGGCUGAAUCAUACCUUUUUCUCCGAGAAGUGGCUCAGGGGCCAUUAUUCUGCAAAGACGGAAUAUGCGCGGAAUUUAAGUACAAAGACCGACUUGCCUCUGACGAUGGGACAUUAUCUUAAAAAUAUGCCGCUUCUUACUGAUCAAUGGACACCAUACAACUACAAAGACCCUGAUCGGCAGCGGAUAUAUCUGAAAGAUAUUGAUUGCCCCCCUGAAUGGCAUGAUGAAUUGAAAGAAGUCAUACCGUCGCCGGUCUUUUAUCUCAACAAGGCCCACUCGAACGCUCCGGUGGCCAGAGCUGGUGAUUUGAUGAGCUGUCUUCCUCUAAACGCACGUGCAGAGAAUCUUAUGUGCUACAUCGGCCAUGAGGGAACCUAUACACCAGCCCAUCAAGAGAUGUGUGGCAGCCUCGGCCAGAAUAUAAUGGUUGAAGCAUCUGAUGGUUCAGCUGAAUAUGGAAAAGAUACUAAGCAAGGAUCUUCUAUCUGGUUCAUGACGGAGAGCAAGGACCGCCGUGCUGUCUCGAAUUACUGGAUGUCCACGCUUGGUCAUGACAUUAACAUCGAGGACCAUUUCGCACAGAUAAACGCUUGGAAAGCAGCCCCAUUCAAAACAUACGUCGUCGAACAGAGACCAGGAGAUUUCAUUCUUAUACCGCCUCUAGCAGCACAUCAGGUGUGGAACCGCGGAACGAGGACAAUGAAGGUUGCUUGGAAUCGGACCACCGUGGAAACCUUGGACAAGGCCUUACAUGAAGCUCUACCUCACGCAAGAAUGGUUUGCCGGGAUGAACAAUAUAAAAACAAGUCCAUCGUGUUCUACUCGCUCGAACACUACUCCGCCGUCCUUAAAAAAGCCCAGAAAUCCGACAUAAAUCGCCCGACCUACAAGAAACUGAUCAAGGAUUUCCAGCAGCUCUUCAAUUUGUACAAUGAGGUACUUCUUUCUGAAUGCUUCGGCAGCAAUUUACCCGGACAAGAUGUCGAGUUUAUUCCUUAUGAUAGCAAUAUCACAUGCUCCUACUGUCGAGGAAAUAUCUUUAACAGGUUCCUCACUUGUCCGAAUUGCGUUGCUCCAUCUAUUUCGGAUGAGGACGACGCGUACGACAUUUGCAUGGAAUGUUAUGUGAUGGGUCGAAGCUGUCUUUGCAUAUCAGCCCUCAAAUGGGCUGAGCAAUUCGAUUGGAACGAACUCGAAGCGAAGCAUGAGGCUUGGAGGCAACAACUCCUCAAAGCCAAGUCAGAACUUGAGCAGACAUAUUUGCCUUUGGAUACACAAAGAGAGCGACUGAACAAAAGGACGCUGGCUGAGAUUUGCCAAAAAGAGCUAAGUAGGCGGCCUUGGGUCGAUAUCAGCAAACCAAUCGUCCAGUCAGAACCUAUGGAAGGGAAAGAUAGUGACACGGAGGAGAUCGUCUCUGCACGCAAAAGACGAAAAAUGUCUCGGGGAGAUCAAACAGAGAAGGUUGGUCGGUGUCACAUUUGCAGGUAUCUUGAACCACUGUGGAAACUUGCCUCGUGCACACAUUGUGACAAGUACUAUUGUUAUGGAAGUCUCUAUAGGGCUUUCAACAUGCUUCCGCAACAGACAAUGGAGGUUCUGGAUUGGAAAUGCCCUAAAUGCAAUAAAAUUUGCAGUUGUGCUGCCUGUCGCCGGGAUCCGACGAUGCGCCCUUUCGAGCCCACAUGCAUGUUACUCGGCCAUGACACCCGGAAAAUUGCGGAUCCGCGUAGCGUGGAAAGUCUUGUAGACUUCCGGCAUUCGAAUCUACGCUGGUUAAAGAAGGCUGCGGAAGAUGAGACCGAUGGACCGAAGGAGCAUCAGCCUCAGCAUCACCAGAAUGAGGAUGAACAGCACAAUCAGCUGGCACCUGGGCAGGGCAUCCAACUAGAGGAGUCCUCUACAGUCCCAGAGUCUUCGACAGACUAUGAAGGCUUUCCGGUAGAUCCUGCUCUGGAGAGAUUGCUGCUACCUGAGGGUGGAAUGUCUACACCGUCCGGUAAUUAGUUAAUAUGAAUUUAUGAGCGGACAUGAGAACUUUCACAUGUAGGAUACAUUGGUAGCAAGUUGGGUUCUGAUAUUGGUCAUUCAAGCGAGUGGUAUUCGUUUCUUUU